UUGUUUUGAUCAACAUGGCGACUUCCAAUUUGUCUCGUUUCGUGGAAACUGGUCGCAAGAUUGUCUGCGUUGGUCGAAAUUACGCGGCCCAUGCCUCAGAGCUAGGAAACCCUCUGCCCUCAGAACCACUCAUCUUCCUAAAGCCAACCACGGCUUUCAUCACUGAAGGCACUCCUAUUCAAGCCCCGCCCGGAUGUAAAAAUCUUCACCAUGAAGUUGAACUGGGUGUGGUCAUAUCACAACCUGGUAACAACAUCUCCGAGUCCUCGGCAAUGGACCAUGUGGGCGGUUACGCCCUCGCUCUAGACAUGACGGCCAGGGACUUUCAGGACGCCAUCAAGAAGAAAGGAGCGCCGUGGACAUUAGCGAAGAUGUUCGACACCUCUUGCCCUGUGAGUGGUUUUCUCGCCAAGGAGAAAAUACCUGACCCUCAAAAUCUCCAGCUUUGGCUGAAAGUCAAUGGGGAGAUGCGACAGGACGGUAACACCAAAGACAUGAUCUUUACUAUCCCCACUUUGCUGAGUUACAUCAGCAAGUACAUCACACUUCAAGAAGGGGACCUUAUACUGACUGGGACACCUGCUGGUGUCGGACCAGUGUCCAGUGGUGACAUAAUCACGUGUGGUCUCAGAGAGAACUCGUCUACGACAGAUAAACUGAACAUUUCGUUUACAGUUGCUGAUAUGUAGAACCUUAAUUAUUAUGUUUUGACAAAAUACCUUUAAGAUAAUGCUAGAGGUGCGCGCCAUUCGUGGGUAGGAAUGGCCAAGGGCAAAGCCUGGGGUCAACAUUCCCAUCCCACAAAUGGCGCGUACACCAAGGGCAUUAUGUGACUUAACCUCCAAAUGUGACGUCAUGCUAUAUUGUUCCAGUGCUCCAUUAUUUCGCACACAUGGCCUGAUAAAGUUGGCCAUCGCGCCAUUUAAUCAAAAUAAUGGAGCGCUGGAAGAAUUGCAUGACGUCACAGGUGGAGGUUAACUCAAAUAAAUUUUUAUCAAUUUAUUACUAAGAGGUGCUGCUUAAGUAUAAUCUCAUUGUAAUUUUUGAUGAUUUUUUAUAGGAAUGAUUUUUGGGGUUGAACAAAGAAUUGACUAGAGUGGGAUUCGAACCAACGAC